AUGGUACCGUUCGUCGACCUUGGGGUUAGGCACCAGAAGCUUGCCUGCAGCAAGGAGGGCAUCAUGCUCCAGGGCAUGGACGAGUUUCACAUUUCCCUGGUCGAAUUCUUUCUCUCAAAACGCUCGUUUGAGUCCUACGCGUUGUGCCACGACCUCUGCAUGUCUCUCCCAAUCGACUCACUGGCAACAGUGCUCAAGAAGGCAAACGAUGACGAUGUCUGCACCUUGAAGGCAGGGCACAAAGCGAAAGUCCUUACAGUUGCGAUUGAGACGAGGGACCAACCAUGGCUGGUAUCAAAACACGACGUGCCGUUCAUCGACCUCGGCUCGGAAUACCUCGUGAUUUCCAGGAUUCCAUAUGACGCGAAAAUCACCGUGUGGUCGACCAGGUUCGCGCGUCUCGCUCAUGAGCUCCACCAGUUGAGCGGCUCCCUCGACAUUCAGAUCAUCCACGAAGGAGCACGAUUCACCGCGUUAGAUGAAGGCUCAGGGAAGAAAGGCUGCUUCAUCUUUCGACGAGCGAAGGUCGUUGAUGAGUACCGCGACUCGGAAGAUGAUGAGCCAGCAGGUGCUAUUAUCCACGAAUUCCAUCGAUAUUUUCACAAGGCCACUUCGCUGCGUGUGUCGACGAAGUACCUAGUUCACGCGUCCAAAAGGGCACCCCUUUCGAGCAAAGUGUCGGUACUGAUGAAAGAGGACCAACCACUACUCGUCCAGUAUGAUUUUUAUGAAGGUGUCUUGAAGUUCUACAUCGCGCCGAGGAUAGCCGAUGAGGAGGAAAACUAA